CCCUUGCAGGAGCGCCGUGCCCGAAGAGUUUAGGCGGGCCCGGGGGGCGCCCUAUGCAUGCCUACAUAUGCAUGCCAAAUCAAAGACGCGGAUUGCGGGAAGAGACGUCACGACUCGCUGCUGGCUGUAGAAUCUUACUAGUGGCAGAGAUAGAUAACGCGUUGGUUGGUUGGUUGAUUGGUGGUGGUGCUGGCUGAGUGCUGGUUGGCUCGCUGUCCGCGGGCUGCGACAGCGAAGGAAUAAUCGGACAGCGAGCAGAGGACGGAAGAUGUGGAUGAAGAGGAAGGAGGGUGAAUGGGUGUGGUGUGCCUGCGCAGGCGGAUAGUCGUUUCUAUGUAUGCCCUCGUCUUUGCCUUUUGUAGGUUCCAUACAAGCACAAAACCGCUGGCUGCGCUCGGGGCGCUUUUCUCCCAACUUCCCAACUCUCCCCUCACCAUUUCUUUUCUUUCCUUCCCCCCAUCCUCUCCUACCCAUCACUCCGUCUUCCAUCCGGCCCCCAGCCAACCACUCAGUCCGUGUCGUGGUCACGGCCCACCACACAGAGCCACACAAACACACAAACACAAACACCCCCCUCCUCUCACACAGACAACAACCUCCGCUGCAACCACACACCACGCAUCAACCCCCUCCUCAAUGAGUCGUCCGACCAGCAAAGCGGGUGCGAUGCCACCACCUCCAACAACCUACCGGUACCGCGAGCCCUCCGCCGCGCCUACGCCAUACUCGCCGGCCGCCACAACCCAUUCCCUCCCGUCCUCCGCGGCCUCACCACGCACCUACCACUCCACACCACGUUCCUCCGCGCCACUGAUCCCGAGCAGCCACGCACUGCGCACCGCCACGCUCCCCCUGCCGCCCGCAACCCCACUACCCGUGCACCCAAACGCGGAAGCGCAGCCGACCGUGCUGUCCACAGCGGCGACCGCCUUCGCGCUGCAAUCGUACUUCUUCACGUUCCUUUUGACGCUCGGCUGGGAUCCGCUGCAGACGCCAGCGCCGCAGUUCAUCACGACUUAUGCGUGGCUUUUGGGGCGCGAGCUCUCCCUGCCGCCCGCGACCGCACAGAAGCUAUUUCUGGAGAUAUGGGAUAGCUGCACGCCCACCAUUGGCCUCGUCGCCACCGCGGUCCAGGGAAUGGAUCAGUCCCUGGGCUGCAGCGCCGAGACGAAGCGCGGUGUAGAGCGAUUGUUUAAGCGCACGCAGGGCGCGGGAACGAAGGAGGCGCUGAAGUGGUGGGGCGAGGAGCGGCUCGCUGUCAAAGUCGGCGGCGAGGUCGUUGGACGAAGAAGGCGCGGCGGAUGGGGCGACGUGUUUCGCGAGGUCAGGUCGAAGCUCAAGUGCUGGGGCAAGGACGACGGCGCGGAUACGGAUGCGGAGACGGUGCUGGGUAGGGAGAGGAAGUAGUGUGGUGCAUAAUAGGGGAAGAGCGGAGAGAGGGGGCACGAUUGCGGGCGUUCUUGGGCGGUCUUUUACUGCGAUACUAUACUAUAUCCUGCUGUUCUUCAGCUUCUACCAUGUACAUCGUGACGAAGGCAUGCAACAUUCGAUUCUUCACG